GGUGCCGUGCUUGCUCUUUCCAUGCACACCGUGUGACAUCACCCUGAUCUGACCAAUCAGCUGUUGGUGAAGGGGGUCAGUGAGAGUCUAAUAGCUCAGAGGGUUGCCCCAGCCCUUAUCGCGCUCUCUGAUGAUCCUGAAAUGUGAUUCUCAGGGGCAUGAGCGAGGCCUUAAUUGACAAGCGGGUAGCUCCAGCGCUAAUUACCUUGUGCAGUGACCCGGAAUUCUCGGUUAGGAUAUCGACGAUACCGGCGUUUGGUACCAUAAUGGAGACCGUGACCCAGAAAGAGCUUCUGGAGAGAGUGAAGAUGCAGCUGGCGUCCUUCCUGGAGGACCCGCAGUACCAGGACCAGCAUUCCCUGCACAUUGAGAUCAUCCGGACGUUCGGGAGGGUCGGUCCCAACGCUGAGCCUCGCUUCAGAGACGAGUUCGUGCUCCCUCACCUGCACAAGCUGGCACUGGGCAACAAUGGGCAGACGGCCGAGGCCAAGCGGAUGGACAUCGCCAUGCAGCUGUUCGAGGCCUACAGCGCCCUCUCCUGCUGCUUUAUCUCCGAAGACGUGCUGGUGAAUCACUUCCUCCCAGGGCUGAGAUGCUUAAGAGUUGACAUGGAGCAGUUCUCUUCUGAAUAUGAGGAUAUCCUGAGCUCCAUGAUUAAGGAAUGUGAGCAGAAAGUGGAGAACAGGACCUCACAGGAGCCACAGGGGUCCAUGUCGAUAGCUGCCAGCCUCGUGAGCGAAGACACAAAGACCAAGUUUCUCAGUAAGGUGGGUCAGCUGACGACUUCGGGCGCCAUGCUGGCCAACGUGUUCCAGCGGAAGAAGUGACCGGAAUGUGCCGUCGCCGAUCCCACGCUGCCCGGCCCCUCCUACUUGAACCCAGUACUCUGCCUUUUCUCUGUGUCCUUUUAUCGCCACAAAGUCAUUUGAAGCUCCAAAGAUAUUUGCACUGUGUUUAAUUCCUCUUCAUUUUGGGUUUUUAUCGUUAUAUAUAUAUUAUGUAACUGUAUUGUACACAUUUUCCGUGAUUUCCAGUCUUAUCUUUGUGUUGUAUGUAUGUUUUGAUUUAUCUAUAUGUUUUUUAUAUUACUCAAGUAAAUAACUGUACAAUUUACCGAAUUACAAGACCAUUUUAAACAUGUCCAAGUAAUAAAACUGAUGAACACUUGUGUACUUCCA